GAGAGAGAGAGAGGAGAGAGAGAGAGAGAGAGGAGAGAGAGAGAGAGGGAGGGAGGUACCAGGCAGACGUCCGUUAGCAGUUUAGUCGCCGGCCACUCGGCUGAAAAUACGGAAACAUUCAACUUAAUUUCCAACGGACGGAACCAGGCAUUUCAACUAGUUGGCGCCUGACUACAUUAUAGUGACGUUAAAACUACAUUUCAGCGAGGUUAAAACUACAUGUAACGGCUGUAUCGACACUUCUACGGUACUACGCCGAUAGAUAGCUUCGAUAGAUUUCGGAGGAAGAGGAGGAGAGAGCCGAGACAGGAGGAGGACUGACGGACCGAAGGGGAAGGAGAGGAGGCUGGAGAGAAAAGAGAAAAAGGGAGGAUUUUUUUUGGGGGGGGGAGUUUGAUGUGGGUUUUUUUCUCCUCUCCUUCUUCCGAUCGCUUUCUCGUCUCCAGCCUCCUCCUGUUCUUCCUCUUCUGGAGCAUUAAUGUCUGAUUUUAGGAGGCUUUAAAUGUUGAACUUGAUGGGUGUUUUAAACGCCACCGCCGCAAAUGUCUCCUGUACUUGUAACUGCAAGCGCUUCACCUCCCUCCAGAGCAUGGAAAUCACCCAACUGGAGUUCGUCCAGAUCCUGGUGAUCGUGGUGGUCAUGAUGGUGAUGGUGGUGGUCAUCACCUGUCUGCUGAACCACUACCGCCUAUCAGCACGCUCCCUCCUCUCCAGACACGCCCCUGCACGCAGGAGACACCUGCCAUUGGCCAACGAGGCAGGCCUGUGGUCUUCUGAGGCAACAGGGACAACCAGUGGUCUCAAUGAGCACCAGGUGUACAACCCCCGGCCUCCGGACAGAGGGGUCCCCUCGUCCUACCUGCAGCGGGAGCCUCAGCACGCCCAGCCCCAGCCCCCGCCUCCGCUCCCCUCCCAGCGCUUCCAGCACACGUACGCCCCGAGUCGCUUCCAGCCGACGUAUCCCUACCUGCCCCAGAGUCUUAUCGAUCUCCCCCCCACCAUCUGCCUCUCGGACGGAGAGGAGCCCCCGCCGUACCAGGGCGUCUGCACCCUGCAGCUUCGAGACCCGGAGCAACAGAUGGAGCUGAACCGCGAGUCGGUCAGAGCACCGCCCAACCGAACAGUGUUCGACUCCCACUCCCUCAACCCUUCCAGCUCCUGUCCGCAGGCCAGUCUGCAGGCCCCUCCCCCGAGUGUCCAUUCAGGCGUCAGUGUGUUAGAAGCCCAGGAGGCCUUGUCCCGGCAUCAGAAGCAGGGCUCUCGAGUAGAAGGAGCUCCCCCGACCUACAGCGAGGUGAUCGGGCACUACUACCACCCGACAUCCCUGACCCCCAGCCACAACCAUCGGACUGUAUCGCCCUCGCUAGCACCCCCGUCCUCAUUCGUACACGGCCUGCUCCGACCUCCACCGCAGCAGCAAGGAAGUGUGGACAACAGGAAUGCAAGGAACACGAAGGAGAAAUCCCAGAAGCCCCAGCAGGUGUGACAGUACUGCUUCCUUAUUCCUAGCCUACGAGGGGGGAGGGGGGAGGGGGGGACCAGGAUUCUUUUGUCUGCUCACCACUUAAUAAUCCACUCUGAAUGGUUUAAGGGCUGAUUCUCGUUAGUUGUAGUUGUUGCUGACAUGUUGUCAGUUUCAUCAGUUUCCCCACUUCACGGAUCGGGCUAGGACUGAAAAAGCAGCAGCAGCAGCCGCCGGCUUCCCGUUAGGUAAGAACACCUGGAAAACCACAUCGCUCCUGCAAGCACAGUUGCAGGAGGACAACCGGUACUUCCUGUUCCAACACCUUCUUAUUUCCUGUCUGAGGAGCUCUUUGGAUGAAGCGACGAUGUCAGAGAUGAAGGGCAGAAGGUGCAAAAGAGAAGGGUGGCUACAGAAGCCUCCUUCUUCCCUUAAACAACUCCACAUCAUCCCUCCUCCACUAGACUGAUCUCCAUUCAUUAUAAAUAUUUACUCGUUCUGUUUGUUUGUUGUUUGUUCGUCUUUUUUUCGCGCUUACAAAAAAAUCUUUCUAUCCAGGCAAAUGGCGAAAUGUUGCAAUCUUGUUUUUUUCUUCCAGGUUCUGUUCUCUAUUGAUAAUCCCCCUCGCUGCUUUACGUUGGCAGUGACUCCUGCACCAGGCUUGAGCUGUGUCGCUGGGACACGUUAGCACAUUAGGCUAUUUCCAGACAGACAUUAGAUUUAGUCAGCGGUAUCUUAAACUAGCACAGUGCUACAGUAAAAGUCCUCGAGCUAAACGUUCUGCCUUAUAUCGACCAACCAAUGCGGGACUUGUCGCUAAAAUCCUUUUUUAGUUGUAGUUUUCUAAAGAAGGUUUGCACGAAGUUCUUCACCACAGAAAAAGAAAGAAAUUCGCAAUAUGAGUGAUGAGAGAGAAAACAGAGAAAGUCUGGGUAUUUUUCUAAACUUGAUAGAUUCUUAUGAGUAAAGACGUUGUUGUUUUUUUGGGUGUUUUUUACAUGUUGUCUAGUUUUUAGAAAAAGAAACAUCAAAUAAUCUGUUGGGGUGCCAACUUUCACGUUGAACAUUUUGCUACAUACAUGUUGGCAUGAUAUUACAUUUUGAGUAUAUAUAUAUAUAUAUACACAUCGAGAGCGAAAUUAAAAGCACGAAUUUAGAGUUAUUUAUAUAAUUGCUGAAAAGAAUUGCACUAUUUUUUUAGUAUGCGCAGAUGGUGCGUGUGAGAGAGACGUUUUAUUGUGAAGGAGCUCUGUCUAUUGAGGCGUGAACAGAACGAGAGACCUGAAAGCACAGGGACUCACCGGAGGGCCGGACCCAGCUCAGUGCACAGCAGCCAGUAUCACGAAAACAUAUCAUGGGCAGAUUCUGACUUGGGUUCAACGGACUCGGAUCCACCGUUCCUAUACCAUUGAGAUAAAAAAAAAAAAAAAAUCCCUCACUUAUGCAAAUGUCCGAGUCCUUCCUGCGAGCCAACCACAAGUCAGUAUUCAAACCUGUAGGCCCAAUCAGAAACUGCUUGUGGCUUUUUCUCAUCCUGUUGGCCGAAUCGUUAGCCAAUCCCAAAGCUGGCUGUCGCUCCCUCGACCAAAACAAGCCCAGCACGGACGAGUUUGCUCGCGUUGAUCAGAUCUUUGUCCCAUGCAACGGAUGUCUGAACCAAUCACGACGAAUGUCUAAUGUAACAGUGGAGUAAAGUAGAAUGUAGAGUUAGCUUGUAGCUUGUGUGUUAUUUAAUUCGAAUGUCAGAAGUGUUGUUCAUUGAGUGAAAAGAGAGAGAAACAAGGCAGAUGCAGUGAGGCCUGACGUCCCCUUUGUAGCGCACUACUGAGGAAGGAAGCCAGGCCGCCCUACAGGCCCUAACUGAGUGAUACGCUGACUGUGCACUGCCGUGGCCACACACACAUACGACCAGCAUUUGUUGGUUACACACCUCCAGUUUCUUUUAAAGUCUCUCCUGCCUUCUCGAGAGACACACACACACACACACACACACCACACACUCCCCGGUGGUGAGUUUACCUCGUUGCAGGCAUCUCUGAGCACUUUACUGCACCGGGAAAGAGACAACAAUCUUUUGUCAGCCAGCGGCAGCCGAAAAAAACCUUAAAAACUACGGUAGAACCUUUUGAUAUUGUAGGUUAGAUCCCCCAACCUUUAGAGACUUUUAAAAGAUGCAAAGAGUUGUGCUCCAAAACUUCAAACAUCCUUCAAUUGGGAAACAGAUUCUUACCUCACCACCUGGAAUCCGUGAUUUAUCAUUGGGAAUGCUGGGCUGGGAAUCAUUUUCAAAACUAUUACUCAAAGUAAUUUCAGUACCAGUUCCAACCUUUUUCGCAGCCUUACUGUGAAAAACGUAGACAUGUUUUUCCGCGAAGCUUGUCAUUUCUCAAAUGUUAAAACGUAGUAGUUGGCUAAAU